AUGUUAGCAGCGUUGACUGAAGCCUGGACACAACAACAGAGACAACAACCUUUGCCCCUUCCGCCUCUACCAGCACAAGCUGAGGCAGAUAAUACUGACAUCAUCAAUCUGACACAGAAAUUCAUGAAAAUGAAACUGCCGACGUUCUGUGGUGGAAUUGAACCUUUGAAAGCAGAGACAUGGUUACUUGAAAUUGAGAAGUUGUAUGAAGUGUUUCCUUGUACCGAAACUCAGAAAGUCCUCAUAGCCACCUACACUCUGAAGGAUGAAGCUCGCAGGGAUCGGAAAGUAUCUGAAUUCCAGGAACUCAAGCAGGGAAGAAUGUCUGUAGCAGAGCAUGAAGCUAAAUUCACCGAAUUGGCACGGUUCGCUCCACACAUGGUGGAUACUGAUUACAAGAAAGUACGAAAAUUCGAAGGUGGAUUGGAUUUGGAGGUGUUUGAUCGGGUGGGCGUGUUGAAAUUGCCUACUUAUGUGGAAGUCUUAGACAGAUCCUUAAUGGCGAAAGCUACCAUAGCCGCUAUGAGACAAAGUAAAGCCCCAGUAACUAUAACAACUGAGUGGAGAGGAAAAAGAUCCAAGUUUGGUUCUAAGAAAAGCCGGUCCUUUGUCAGUAAGAAACAGAACACAGGAUCUACAAACAGCUCGAGUCAGAGGGAUAGGUCUAACCCGAUUUGUCUCGAUUGUGGUAAAAGACACAGGGGUGUGUGUCACCGAGUAUCCGAUGCUUGUUACCGAUGUAGCCAACCAGGUCAUGUAGUGAGAGAUUGCCCGUUCAGGUAUGACAAUGCUAGCCGUCCUGCAGCAAGUUCAGCGAGAUCUGCUUCUGUGGCCAAAACCAAUGCCAAAGCCAAUACUGGGAAAGAACCUCAGAGACAAGGCCGAGUGUUUGCCUUAGUGCCCAGUGACGUACCGAACACCUAUAUUGUGGUGUCAGGGAAAGUUAAUACCGUAGCAGAUGCUUUAAGCCGAAAAUCAACGGGAAGUUUGUCAUGUCUGUUAUCUAAUCGGAAAGAAUUAUUGAAUGACCUAGAACAAGUUGGGCUAUCAACCGCUAUUUUUGCUCAACCUGCUAUUCUUGAUGAGAUCAAGCAAAAACAAUGUGAAGAUGAAUACUUGAAGAAGAUCAUAGAGGAAUUUGAUUCGAAGCCAAGGCCAGGAUUUGGAUUCAAAGUUUGUGUCGAGAUUUUGGUAGAGUUUACAACACGCUUUGCGGACUGA